AUGAGGCCGCGACAGGGCCCGAUCGCGGGCUCUCCCUGUGUCUUGUUCGUUCUUUCCUCAAUCAAGAAGAGACCACCAGGGGCAAGACCACCCCAGCAUUGGACCUGCCCCAGGGCCUGCCGUCAUAGGUUCUUACCUUCUCUACAGUUCCCAGUGGUCCCAGUGGUCCCAGUGGUCCACCCCAAAGUCUGGGGCGCCCCUUACAACGCGAGCCUUUGUCCGGCACUAUUGGGAGCCAAAUACCGAGCUCCAAUCACCGCCAAACUCGCCCACCACCCUCCCAGUGUCUCCCCAGCCCUGUGCGCCGUGGCCAAGACGCGCCAAGGCAGCAAUGCAGCCCGGGUCCGAAGCCUCGGGCUGAUGCUUGUUGCUUGCUUCUCUCACACCCCUCCCCCCCUCUUGGCUGCCGGCCCCUCGCCAAGGUCUCUGCAGCGGCUGCAGAAGCGUGCAUCCUCUUGCUGCACAAACCCUGCAGCCUCGCUGCAGCCUGCAUUGCACACUGCACUUUCGCCCAACUCGGGAUGUUCUGGCAGUGGGCAUGUGGGCUCGGUCCUGGCUUUGGUUCUGGCCUGGGACACAGCCUCGGUUCCUUUCCUGUCUUGGGCCGCCGUUUGGUUUGAAACGAGACUGGAAAGCAGAGACGGCCACUCGCAUCGUGCUCGCGCCGGAAUGGCAUCGCCGCCGGCCAAGAGGGGGAAGGCACGCCCAGUCACGGCGGCCAGCAGACUGAGAGAUAACAAGGAGCAGAGUGGUGGCGAUGAUCACUUGCCAACAGCAGAAGCUGCUGCUGCUGCUGCUGCGGCUGGCUCACCGUCGCGGGCGCCCGCUGGCUGCAUAGUGCAUGCAGCAGGCUUGGCGCUGCUCUCUGCAACCAUCUGCAUGCUUUCGCUCUCCACUGCUCACUGCGUCGUUCGAUGA